AUGUUCUCCCGUGUUUUGUUCCAAUCCAGAAGAUCGCUGAUUCAAGGACAACAGCAGCAGCCUUUCAAGGUCGCUGUCAGAACCUUGAGAACCUUCAAGCAGGAAGACCAGCCAAGGUUAAGAAUCAACUCAGUGGCGCCCAAUUUCGAUGCAGACACUACACAUGGAAAGAUCAAUUUCCAUGAUUACCUUGGCAACUCGUGGGGUGUAUUGUUUUCGCAUCCCGCAGACUUCACGCCUGUCUGUACCACCGAAUUGGGAGCUUUCGCCAAAUUGAAGCCCGAAUUCGACAAGCGUAACGUUAAAUUGAUUGGUUUGUCUGCUGAAGAUGUGGAAUCGCAUCGGAAAUGGAUCAAAGAUAUCGAAGAAGUAAACAAGUUAGACAAGUUUACGUUCCCAAUCAUCGCUGACGUCGACAAGGAGAUUGCGUUCCUUUACGACAUGGUGGACGAAGAGGGUUUCAAGCAGUUGGGCAAGGCUCCUCCCGUCGCCACCAUCAGGUCUGUUUUCAUCAUCGAUCCUUCUAAGAAGAUCAGAAUUUCGUUCACUUAUCCGCCCUCCGUCGGCAGAAACACUUCCGAGGUGUUGAGAGUCAUCGAUGCCUUGCAAAAGACUGAUGCAAAGGGUGUCGUGACACCGAUCAACUGGCAGGAGGGUGAGGAUGUCAUCAUCCCACCUACCGUGUCUGACGCUGAAGCCUCCAAGAAGUUCGGACAGUUCAAGAAAAUCAAGCCAUAUUUGCGUUACACUGAGGCUUAA